CCGUUGAGCAUCCUUAUAUAACGGUUGCCACGCCGCCAUCACCAUACCACCUCACCAGUCAAGCCUUACUGUAGUCCAAUCCACAGCCCUAUUCUUCACUCACUCUCUGCCAACUUGCAAGCCUCAUCCCAAUUCACUGCCACCAACCAUGUCCGACGGUCUCAACGACGCUCGCGCCAUCCGCAUUGCGGAGAUCAUGACGGACUUCCGCAACCUGCAGUACUAUCUCAGCCAGCUGCACGCCACGCCUACAGCCGAGGAGUACUAUCUCGAGGGCUACUCUCUGCUUCGCCAGUGCACCUUGGAGGCGCAGGCGAUUCUCGAUGCCCCCUUCUCGGCUGGGACCACCUCCCCGGGCGGCGAUCCGGAGCGUGAAAAGGCGCAACUGAAGGGAAUUAUUGUUGACGCAGGGGUGCGCCGAUUCCAAUGCCAGAGAGCUUAUCUGAGGGCGCAUGCGGGACUACGGUGGAUGAACAGCAGGAAUUCGAUUCUGCGAGGCCAGAAGCCCAAUGCGAGCCAUCUUCAGGCACUGCAGGCCACUGACAGCACGUUGAGAAUGGAACUCCUAUCUAUCACUGAUGCCCACGUCGAGAAUACGCUUCGCUCCCAGGACGCAUCCCAGGGCAAGUGGCUCUCCGAGGAUCCAACACUAUCCCAGAUCCAGCAGACUUUGAUGAGGCGAUGAAUCCAUAUGUCCUCCAUUACACCGCCCCGGUUGCAUCUCCUUCCUCUCUCUCUUUCCUAGGCGAUACCCCGACAACUUUCACAACGCGUCAUUAACCCUCAUUGGCGUCCUUUCAGCACAGUACCAAGCGCGACGAACUCAAUCAUUACGGCUAAAAUCACUCCAUAUCUGCAUUACGGCUCUACCCACGACCCUAAGCGUUGUGCGUCGAACGUUCUGGCUUAAGAACCCUCCCCGGAUCUGUUUCUCUAUUUCUUUCCU